UCGAUUUUUAGUCUAUUUCUUUAUUGUUUCUAAAUUCAAGAACUAAUUCCCGAAUUGAAAAUAAAAAAAACGCGGGAAUAGAUUAUAGAUUUUCUAUGACUUGUAAUAGAACUUAUGCUUGAUAGAAACAUUAUUAUCAUCCUAUAUAGUUGACGGAUGAGAUAAAGCCGAAGCUGAGUUCGUUCAUUAAAUAAAGACGAAAAAUGGCAAAAAAGAAAGCAUUCAUUCCCCUUCGAUAUCUUACACCUAUAGUCUUUUUGCCCUGGUGCAUCUCUUUCACAUUUCAAAAAAGUCUGGAAUCUUGGGUUACUAAUUGGUGGAAUACUAAGCAACCUGAAAUUUUCUUGAAUAUCAUUCAAGAAAAGAUUAUUCUAAAAAAAUUCAUAGAAUUCAAGGAACUAUUCCUCUUGGAUGAAAUGCUAAAGGAAUACCCGGAACUACGUUCACAAAAUCUUCGUACCAAAAUAUACAAAGAAACCAUCCAAUUGAUCACGACGCACAACGAGGAUCGUAUCCAUGCAAUUUUGCAUUUCUCGACAAACAUACUUAGUUUUGUUAUUCUAAGUGGUUAUUCCAGUCUGGGUAAUCAAGAACUUCUUAUUCUUAACUCAUGGGUUCGAGAAUUCCUAUAUAACUUAAGUGACACAAUAAAAGCUUUUUCCAUUCUUUUAUUAACAGAUUUAUGUAUAGGAUUCCAUUCGACCCAUGGGUGGGAACUAAUGAUUGGUUCUCUCUAUAAAGAUUUUGGAUUUGCUCAGAAUGAUCAAAUUAUAUCUGGUCUUGUUUCCACAUUUCCAGUCAUUUUAGAUACUAUUAUAAAAUAUUGGAUUUUCCGUUAUUUAAAUCGCGUAUCUCCAUCACUUGUCGUGAUUUAUCAUUCAAUGAAUGACUGAAAAAAAGAUCCGCGGGUUAGGUCAAAUUUGAAAGUUUGUUAUUUUUAUUUUUUACAUUUUACAAAAGCAAGCUAAACAACAUUCCAAUCUUUUUCUUUAUCGCCACCACCCAAGAGAUUCUUCCCAUAUUCCAGGAAUAGUUUUUCAGUAAAUAGCCGAAUCAUGGAUAGGGAACUAACUAUGCCAGUGACCUACCAAAAUUUAUUGUAGAAAUUGAAUUUUCAGGAUCAAUGAUUGGACCAUGCAAACUAGAAAUGCCAUUUCUUGGAUAAAGGAAGAGAUUACUCGAUCCAUUUCCGUAUCGCUCAUAAUAUAUAUAUUAAUUCGAGCACCUAUUUCAGAUGCAUAUCCCAUUUUUGCACAACAGGGAUAUGAAAAUCCGCGAGAAGCGACAGGUCGUAUUGUAUGUGCCAAUUGCCAUUUGGCUAAUAAGCCCGU